UUAAAAUCGCGAACCCAAGAACAUAGCAGGGUUUUAGUUUGGACUGUUUGGUUGUUGUUGUGCUUCUUGGAGCAAGAACCAAAAUGGUGUUGAGGUUCCUAAUUUCAAGAACUUCUUCUUCACUCACUACUGGUAUUGUCCAUUCCAAAACUAUCCAAAAAUACUGUCCUUUCAUUUUAAGGACCAUAGCCACCGGUACUACUCAUAGUAAUACCUCCGAUUACACUGUUGAAGAAGCAGCUCUUGCCCCUGAUCAUCGGGUUCCGGCCACUGUUAUUACUGGCUUUCUUGGUUCUGGAAAGACUACUCUGUUGAAUCAUAUUCUCACAUCUCAGCAUGGCAAGCGUAUUGCUGUAAUAGAGAAUGAGUUUGGCGAGGUGGAUAUUGAUGGAUCAUUGGUUGCUAGCCAUUCCUCAUCCACUGACGAUAUAGUUAUGGUCAACAAUGGUUGCCUGUGCUGUACUGUGAGGGGAGAUUUAGUUAAGAUGCUGUUGGAGCUGGUUAAGAGAAAACAUGAUAAAUUUGACCAUAUUGUUAUUGAAACCACAGGACUUGCCAAGCCAGGCCCUGUAAUCGAAACAUUCUGCUCAGAUGAACUAGUUUCUCGUCAUGUCAAACUGGAUGGAGUUGUUACUAUGGUUGACUGCAAACAUGCCAUGCAACAUUUGAAUGAAGUUAAACCAAGAUUUGUGGUGAAUGAGGCAGUAGAACAAAUUGCUUAUGCUGAUCGUAUUAUAUUGAACAAGAUAGAUUUGGUGUCCGAAGCUGAAUUACAAAGAUUAAAAAAUAGAAUUAAGCAUAUAAAUGGGAUAGCUCCAAUUAAGUUGACCAAAUAUGGAUCUGUUGACAUGGACUUUGUCUUGGGAGUUGGAGGAUAUGAUCUUGAAAGAAUUGAUUCUGAAGUUCAUUUGGAAAAUUCCUGUUCUGGAACACAUGACCAUGAGACAGCAGAAGAGCAUCACAAGGAGCAUCAUCAUACGGAACACAAAUCUCAUCACGACCAUGUGCAUGACUCUUCUGUCUCUAGUGUCAGCAUUGUCUCUGAGGGAAUCCUGGAUCUUGAUGAGGUUGAUGAUUGGUUUGAAAGACUAAUGGAAGAAAAAGGCGAGGAUCUGUACAGGAUGAAAGGCGUCUUAUCCGUGACGGGUUCUGAUCAACGUUAUAUUUUUCAGGGAGUGCAUUCUACAUUAGAUGGCUGCCCGGGCGAACAAUGGGGUGCUGAUGAGAAGAGAAUAAACAAGCUUGUAUUCAUAGGAAGAAAUUUAGAUGAAACUGCUCUUAGAAAAGGUUUUAAAGGCUGUCUAGCUUGAAAAUGCCAACCUAUAUUAAGGUCGAAAUCAUGCUUUAUGAAUUUAUUUUGACCAUUUUAAA